AUGCAGACUGCUUCUACAAACAUUGGUGAAAGACUGUACAAUAAGUCCAUCCGUGACAUUUCCUGGCUACUAAAUAUUCCACGCUCAACUGUUAGUGGGAUUAUAACAAAGUGGAAGCAACUGGGAACAACAGCAACUCAACCACCAAGUGGUAGGCCACGUCACAUGACAGGGCGGGGUCAGAGCAUGCUGAAGCGCACAGUGCGCAUAAGUCAAUAACUGUUUGCAGAGUCAAUAGCUAAAGACCUCCAAACUUGGUGUGGCCUUCAAAUUAGCACAACAACAGUGUGUAGAGAGCUUCCUGACUGCGUU